UAUGAAUUACUACUAAGCCUGGCGUGGUUGAUAUAUAUAGAGUAUGCCUAUACAUUACAUCAUCUCCUUUGACGUCCACGUCAUGAUACUCUACAAGACUACACCAUUUCAUCUCAUAAAUAACAACAGUAAACCUAGCAUUGAUCUCAAUUAAAAAAUUAGUUAAUAGGACUAUAUUUAUACCUAGGCAUAUAAUGAUUCCAACGCGCCAUCUCCAUCUUGACCCAUUAAAGAGGCAGCCUCUCCUCAAGGACCAGGCGGUCCCCAACGAGGACACGACAGCAUUGCCGACGAAGAAAGUGCAUUUCCAUCCCGGCGGGUCCGGGAAGGAUGAAGAUGCGAGUGUUUAUUUCAUCGGCACGGCGACCAUGAUGAUCGAGUGGCAGGGCAUCCGGAUCCUCACCGACCCCAACUUCCUGCACGCCGGCGACCACGUGCACCUGGGGCCGGGGGUGACGGCGCAGAGGAAGACCAAUCCGGCGGUAGACCUGCACGAGCUGCCGUCGCUUGACUGCAUCCUGCUGUCGCACUACCACGAAGAUCACUUCGACCGGCUGGUCGAGAACUCGCUGAACCGGAACUUCCACAUCAUCACGACCCCACACGCCAAGGCGUGCCUCGCGUCGGGGGAGGCCAAGGAGGAGCCGUUCCGGUCGGUGCACGGGGUGGACGUCUUCGAGAGCAUGAUGCUGCACAUCGACCGCCGGGAGCCGCGGCUCGCGGGCGGGUACGGCAAGGUGCCGGCGAUCAAGGUGACGGGGAUGCCGGGGAAGCACGUGCCGCCGGGCGCGCUCUCGCUGGCCAACAGCGUGCUGAGGGCGGUGCCGCCGACGAACGGGUGGCUCGUCGAGCUGGGGUACACGUUCAAGGCGCCGACGGGCGACGACCCGGAUACGCUGGACACGGGGUACCGCGUGUACAUAUCCGGGGACACGCUGUUCGUGGACGAGCUGAGGGAGAUACCGACGUGGCUGCGGCGGCAGCAGCAACUACUACUACCGGUGCAUCAACAGUCACGAUCGCAAAAGCAGCGGAACUCAAGGAUCGACCUCAUGCUGGUGCACCUGGGGGGCACGACGAUCCCGGGGCCGGCGAUACCGCUGGUCAUGGUGACGAUGGACGCGGCGCAGGGGUUCCGGCUGAUGGAGCUGAUGCAGCCGGGGGUGACGAUCCCGGUGCACUACGACGACUACAGCGUGUUCCUGUCGCCGCUGGCGGAGUUCAAGGACAAGGUGGACGGCGAGGGCUGGAGGGAGAGGGUCGUGUAUCUGGAUCGUGGCGAGGCGUUUCGGUUCAAGGUACUGGGGGGGUAAUGAUUGAUUGAUGUGAAGGCAGGCUGCAUUGCAUGUAGGUACAGUACAUACAUUAGGCAUUCAUCAAUUUUCUAAAUGCGACAAACAGCCUAAAGUGAGUGAGUGUCUGCACCGUUUGUAGUUGGCACAAUAUUAUGUAUGUAUGCAUGUAUGCAUGUGUAGGUAGUAGGUAGUACUAUGUAUGUAUGUACCUCUUGA